AUGUUCAAGGUAAUCGAGAACACCGCGGAACUACUUGUCAGUACCGGCUUGCGUGACGCCGGUUACAACUACCUCAUCAUGGACGAGGGCUGGCAAGCAAUGGAAAGAGACCAGAAUGGGCAACAGCAACCAAAUACCACCAAACUCCCUGACGGAGUAGCGGGCAUUGCAGAAUUUGUUCAUAACAAAGGGCUAAAGCUAGGAAUUUAUAGCGACGCUGGAAUAUAUGACUGCGGAUUCUACCCAGGAUCCUGGGGUUAUGAGGAGCGUGACGCCGCAACCUAUGCCGAAUGGGGCGUUGACUAUCUGAAAUACGAUAACUGUGGAGGAUUCCAAGCCAACACUGAGAGCCCGCAGGUUCGGUUUGCAGCUAUGAGGGAUGCACUCAAGAACACCGGGCGGAAUAUCUUCUAUUCUAUUUGCCAAUGGGGUCAUCAAUUUCCCUGGUAUUGGGCCGAUGUCUUACGACCACUGGCAGAAAUUAGCCAAUCAUAUAGGAUGUCAGGAGACAUCACAGAUGUUUUCAGUGACACGAAAGCGGACUGUGCUUGCAAAACAGCAUACUGCUUAAAUGUUGGUUAUGCUGGCUGCAGUGUUUUGACGAUUAUCCGAAAAAUGAGAGAGCUCAGCUUAUUCCAGAAGCCUGGAGCAUGGGCGGACAUGGAUAUGCUGGAGAUUGGUAACGGCAACAUGACACUAUACGAGCAGCAAACACACCUAACCUUCUGGGCCGCUCUAAAAUCCCCCCUUAUACUCGGUGCUGAUCUUCAAACGCUAUCCGAAGAUACUUUGGAUGUGCUAAAAAAUAAGGAAAUUAUUAGUAUUUCACAGGAUGCUCUUGGCCAGGCAGUGAACUACCUCUCGGAUUUGAGCGUUGAGAAAAGUACACAAAUCUGGGCGGGCCCAUUAACGGGUGGAAAAGUUUUGAUAUUGGGACUCAAUGAGCUGGCGAACACAACCGAUAUUAAUAUUCCUCUGGGAGAUAUCCCUGGACUGGUAUCCAAUCAUGCCUACAGUGUGCGGGAUAUCUGGGGUAAACAGAAUCUUGGCCGAGUUGUUGGGAAUGUUACAUUGCAGGUGGCUACACACCAGACAAAAGCUCUUGUUCUCAGUUAG